AUGACUGACUAUCUUUACGACUUGUUGGCCCCUCAUUUCUCUCUAACAGAUGCUGCCUCAACACCGUUGGCUCCAGAUAAUGACACAACGACAGCUCAGUACUUAAACCGACUCUCAACGCUGUCCCUGGUGGCUUUGGAAACGACAGAACCCCAAUCUCUGGCGCAAUCCUCGCAUUCUACCCUCCUGUCUCUCCAGGCCUUAUCGAAUCGCUCACACAAGGCCUUCAUCACUUCUGCCGGUAACCUCUCGCAGCUCCGUAUCUCGAUUCCCCAAUUGACCCGCAACGCACAAAAUCUACGAGAUACAAUCCCCAAACUUGACGAAGAGGCGGUCCGAUUUUCUACCAAGUACAGCCGAGCCGCAGAGAACCCGUCUCUGGAGCGGCGAAAGAAGGUCAUGCAGCUGGCGAGGAAUGUCGAUCGACUUUCCGACAUUCUAGAACUUCCCUCUCUUCUAUCGACUGCUGUCUCAUCGGCAGCAGCAAGCUCUGUUGCCGCGGGCGGCACCUCGUUUUCUACAACCUACUCGUCUGCUUUGGAUUUAUACGCCCACAUCAAGCGAUUACAGACACUGUACCCUGAUUCUCCCCUCGUCAAGGAUGUCGCCUCUCAGGCCGAGGAUGCGAUGAAGGAGAUGACAACGAAUCUGAUAGCAGGUCUCCGUACGCAGAACCUUCGGUUGGCAGCGGCUAUGAGAAUGGUAGGCUGGUUACGUCGAGUGGCUCCGGAAUUGGAGGGCUUGCACAGUGACGGCGGAACCGGCACCGGAGAAGGCGCGCUCGGUGCGUUGUUUCUGGUUUGCAGAUUGGCAAAUUUGGUUUCGACACUAGAGGCAUUGGAUCCCUUGCGAGAACUAGCAGACCAGGAGACCCAGCGCAGAACCCGGAAUACAGAUCAGAAGGAAGGGACGUCGAACUCGUCCUGGUCUCACGGCCACCAGACAGAAAAAUUCUUGAAACGAUACAUUGAGAUCUUUAGGGAGCAGAGCUUUGCAAUUGUUUCCUUGUAUAAGAACAUCUUCGCCCCGGACCAAGCCGGGUCAGAGUCAGUUAUUGCAGGACUGCGAGGGAUAGAUUCCCGUGUUAAAACGAGCUCGUCGCAGCCAACUCGCCUGGAUGAUCCCUUGCAAUGCCUUCCACCAGCUUUGGCAACCUUUCCUAUGCAUCUCGUCCAGCUGCUGACUGACACAUUACGCACCUAUCUACCCAAUGUCCAAGAUAAGAGCUCGCGCGAAAGUCUCCUAACUCAAGUGUUAUAUUGCGCUGCUAGCUUGGGAAGACUGGGAGGGGACUUUAGCAUGAUCCUGACGGAGAUGAGUACCGCGGUAGAGGAGCACGAGGAGAGUGCCGCCUAUGAGUGGGAAGAGGUUACACGGAAGCACCGAGCCUUGGCAGGGCGGUUGGAACAACUCACCGGAACUGCCUCCAAAGGGACCCCGCAGGUGACUUCACCCCUUCAUUGA